AUGUAUAUCCCAAAGCUGCUCAAAUACUCACUGACUUUUGCUGCUCAGGAUUUCCAAGCGUUAGAUUAUUUCACUCAAUACUCCAAUAGCUCUUCAGUCACCACUGAUUUGCCAAAUUUUGGUCUAAAAUCGGAACACUCAUGGAGUUCUUUUUUACAAGAUAUUCAAGACUUGAAUGAUAAAUCAGAUGAUACAAGAUACAAAUUGAUCUUUUUGGCACGCCAUGGUGAAGCAUGGCAUAAUGUGCUGGGGUCUUUACCUAAUUGGUAUGAAAUUUCAAGACAAGAUACUUACAAGAAUUAUACCUUAUUUGAUGAUGAUUUGACUCCAACUGGUGAAAGUCAAAUUUCUAAAGUCCAUGAUUAUUGGAUUAAUGAGUUAAAUAAUGGAGCACCGUAUCCUCAAGUAUUUUAUACAUCUCCAUUGAGAAGAACUUUACACACUUACCAUAUUACAUGGGGUGUUGAAAAUGGAAGUGCCAUAGUUGUUGAAAAUUUAAGAGAAAGAUAUGGAAUUGAAACACCAGAGGAGCGUCAUAAUAAGACUUGGAUAAGUGAUUACUGUAAUGUUUGUGAAUUUGAAAAGGGGUUUGCUCAAGAUGAUGAAUUAUGGAAACCGGAUGAACAAGAAUCAAAAAAACAUGUUAGAAAAAGAGCUAAAGAGUGGAUACAAUCACUAUUCAUUAGAGAUGAACAUAUUAUUAGUGUAACUAGCCACUCUGGAACUAUCAAACAGAUAUUGAAAGUCAUUGGCCAUCCAAAGCACUCUUUACAGCCAGGUGAAUUGAUCCCAGUUGUUGUAAAAGGGCGGAAAAGUCACAACUAGAUGUUUGAACUUAAGGAUCAAUUGUUUUAGGACUCUAUC